AUGGAGGAUGGUGUUAAUGAACCUACUGCUGAAGAACAAGGUUCUAAGGAACAUAUUAUUGAAAAUCACGCGUAUGAAGAAUGUGUUGUUGAAAAGUCUUCUACUGAAGGAAGUUUAUUGUUGAGCUCAAGUUACAAUGCAAGCCUCUGGAGCUUCCUUCACCAGAACCCCUCCCUGGUUCUGAAAUCAAUUUCUCAAACUAAAGUUAAAGCUUCAUCUGGACCAAAUUUAGUUCUUCAGCUUGGAAUUGAAACCUCUAUUGGGAUGUCUGCCUCUGUACCCACUGAUGCUGAAAAUGUUCCCUCAGAUAUCAUGAAGACUCUGGAAGAAUCGAAAAAUGAAAAUGAUGAAGUAAAGGCUCAGAUGAUUUGCCAGGAAGAAACCAACGUUAUGGUUCAGAACUUGUUGACCACCAUGGUUUCUAGACUUCCACCUUCUUAUUAA